AGUACAGCAAUUUGUAUUAUAACUGGGACUACUCCGGUUGAGGUUGUCAGUCUGAUCUGAAAGAAUGACAACAAUCCGACCGUCACCAUCGGUAACUUGAAAGGCAGCUUUGUGUAACACCGGGCGUGACAGUGAACUUAGGAAUUAUUUGCACUCUUUGUUGUAGUGAAUCAUGAUUUACACGAAAGGUUUGAGGAACCAACGGAGUUAAGUUUUGGUUGGCACUACUUGAAUUUUCUUCAUUGGACUGACUCAUUUGAGAGGCAGGAAGAAUGGUUUAACUAUAUCAGUACUCAUGGCCGACCAAUACUUACUGAGGGACCAACCACAUUAGGCUGGAACAUUCAUCUUUAAGACAAUCUAUAGGAAGGUGAGAGACAGUGUGAACGGAUCAAGAUGGCUUCCAAGGUUGGGGAGAAGAUGAUGCUAAAGGUUUACCAACCUAAUGGGACCUUCAACUCAGUCAAAUGCAUGGAAACUACAGAUAUAAAGAAUGUUAUCCAUGCUGUUGUGGGCAAGUUAGCGAGAGGAGAGCGUGCCUUUGAGAGUUCUUUCGCCGUACGGCUUCAGCAUACCCUAUCCGAGGAGUGCCAUUGGUUGCAUCGUGACCUCACUGUUGGCCAAGUCAAGAAAAAAUAUGAAGCAUAUCACCCUGCCAUCGAAUGGAAAUAUGAGCUGCGUGUACGAUACUUGCCUAAAAACUACCAUGAGCUGCUCGAGAAAGAUAAAGUUAGUUUCUUCUACUUCUAUGACCAGGUGCGGUGUGAUUACAUGAAUGAGGUCGCUGAGUUGGUCGAUCAAGACAUCUCGCUCCAGCUCGGCUGUCUUGAGAUGAGACGUUUCUUCAAAGACAUGCCACAGAUUGCCCUGGACAAGAAAGCCAACUUUGACUACUUAGAAAAAGAAAUUGGUCUUAAGAGAUUUAUACCUAAGAAUGUUAUUGACAAUACAAAGCCCAAGAAUCUACGCAAGCUUAUUCUACAGUACUUCAAGCAGUUUGCUAAUCUUAACGAGGAGCAGUGUGUGUUCAAGUUCUUUGAAGUACUAACGACAGUACACCGAUUUGAUCAUGAAAAAUUCAAAUGUGCACUUGGCACUGGCUGGAGUAUCUCAGUUGAGCUGGUUAUAGGGCCUGAUGAUGGGAUAUCAUGCCUCACGGAUAAAGCUGCCACACCUACCAAGAUGGCCGACUUUGACCAAGUGCAGUCUGUCCAGUCUCUCAGUACAGAUAAUGAUAAGAAAGGUCUUUUACAACUCAAGAUAGCCGGAGCUAAUGAGUGUGAUGGUAACUUUCAUGUAUAUGGCCAUGCUGCUGUAGAUAUGGAUUCUGUAUAUAUCACUACGCCCUCUCCCACCAUAGCUGAGGACAUGGCUGACCUGAUUGACGGAUACUGCAGACUUGUGCUCAACACAGAACAGUCACUAAUCAUUCGAGCACAACAAGGCUAUUCAGAAGUCCAUAUUCCCAGAGAUAAAUCUGCCAUCAUAACUUACGCUUCCACUUUCAACGCAGUCACACGGCGUUCUGCGAAAAAGGCGAAAAAUGCCGUGCAAGACGUCAUUCGUAAGUAGAUCUUGUUUCUUUUA